AUGGCCACCACACCAGCUGGCCGCAUGCUGUCUCGCCAGCUCCAAUACAUGCAAUCGGAUAAAGAUCUGCCAGGAAUUAGUUGCGGCCUUGUGGAUAACAAUGUGUUUGAGUGGGAGGUCAUGCUCAUGAUCUCUGACGAUGUCAAACUCUAUGGUGGCGGCUUUUUCCGUGCUAGACUUUCCUUCCCCUCUGAGUACCCUCACAUGCCACCGAAGAUGAAGUUUGAGCCACCUCUAUUCCACCCCAACAUCUACCCCAAUGGCGAAGUCUGCAUUUCAAUCCUCCACCCUCCAGAGGAAGAUAAAUACGGCUACGAGUCUGCCGCGGAGCGCUGGUCCCCCGUCCAAACGCCCGAGACUAUCCUCCUCUCCGUCAUUUCAAUGCUCUCUAGUCCGAACGACGAGAGUGCUGCCAAUGUCGAGGCCGCCCGUUUGUGGAGAGACGAUCCCAAGGAGUUCAAGAAGCGCGUCCGCAAGUGCGUCCGCGAGAGCCUUGGGGAGGAAUAA